CGCUGACGAUUGCUUACUCAGGCGUUGUCUGUAUUGGACGGGAAAAUGGACGCGGUAGAUCGCUGAUGCGGGAGCUUCCAAUCAGGGCCAUAGAGCUCCGCAAAGCGACCCAAAGUCGGCUCCAACCUAGACACGAUCACGAAAUGUCCUUCCACACCGCUGGCAAACAUAUUGCCAGAAUACAACCUCGGUGCAUCACGAGGGGAAUAAGGAAGAUGACAGAAGUCAAGGACGGAUGAUUCAGCUGCAGAACUGGCAACGCUCACCCGCGUCGGAGCCACGGCCACGGGCCUGAGCGAAGCGCGGAGCCACGCAUGUGAACGUGCAACAUCGAAACAUGUAAAUUAGUAACGGGUAGGAAGAGGCACGACGAGCAGGGAACACAGUCUGGGCGAGGGGACGCAAACAGACACAGCCGAAUAACUCGGUGGGCUUCACGCCCGCAAGCCAGCGGCACCUUGGGCGUGCAGACUGCACGCAAUCGCAGCGUCCCUAAGCGGGUGUCCACAUCCAGAUGCCGCUCUGGCAUGUUGUCUCAAAGCGGCACUGAGAAGAGGAGGUGCAAUCGCCCCUUCAACUCCCUUGAACCAGCAUGGGCUCGCGUUGCCCCUCCAGGCGCGUCCGCACAUUGGCGAACGCAGAGCCCGUACUGCUGUUCUCCGCGACUGCGCGAGCGCGCGCACCUGCCCCUGCCCCCGAGGAAGCAGGCCGCGUGUGAAGCCUACGGCCCCUCUGCUGCUGCUGGGGGUGCCACAACGGUGUGGUGACACACCGUGCGGCGAUUUUCGGAACCCCCAAAGGUGGACCUGACCGCACGUCCCCCGGCCGGCUCCAACUCCAAGUCCACGCAUCCAGCGUCACCGUCGUGGAAAACGGGAUCCACAUCGAGCCGCACCGCCCAUGCACUGGCGAUGCGGCGUGCUCCUCGGUGGCUGAGGUGCCCUUAUCCUCAGGACCCCACACCUCAGGACCCCCAGCUUUGCACCACCUCAGUUCCUCCGACGCCACCUGCUCGGACCCCCCUCCGGGAGGCCCAGAGGCGCAGCAGGCAGCAGCGAGCCGGCAGUCCGCCGGGGGCCUCGAGGCGGAUCUCUCCCGCACGUGCGCGCUGCCAGGCCGUCGUUUUGUGGCGGGUCUGCGGUCGGCCAUGGCAGGCUCCGAGCGCGGACAGGCUGCAGGCACGGGGCAGCAGGGCCAAGAGAGGCGGAGAGAAGCGGGAGGCAAGCACAGGGUGUGGGGACAGAGUCGGCGACAGAAACGAUAAUGAAAUAUAUUGGCAGCGACAGAAACAAGGGGCCGAAGGCGUCCAUCCCACGCUUCGUGCAGGACGGCUGCACGCGCUGCAGGUGGGAAAGUUGCCACGAGCUGGAAGUCAUGACAUCUCCGUGUGCUCUUCCAGCAAGAAGAAACUUCUAAAGAUGGAUCGUGAACGCGCGCUCGGAAUACGCCCGACUGCUGUUCGGGACGCGCUUCAACCUUCGUAG